CCACGCGUCCCACCCUUUCCUCUAGUCGUCCAAUCACAAAGCUCACAGCGGCGGCGGUGCGAAGUUUGAAAACUACACAGAGGUCCGGUGCAAGCUACGGUGGCCGUGCUCCCGGCUUGUCAGAGGGCGCUUGUGCUGAACGUCGGUCGGAUUUGGGGGGGUCUUAUCCAAAGAAGACGGCGGCAUGUCACGUCAUGCCAGGAAGAGUGAGGUCUUGGCUUCAUCUGUCAUCUCCAGUGCAAACAAUGCACUUGCAAGGCUUAUGGAUAUCUGGGAUGGACUGGGUAUCAAAGAGGAAAUGCGACUGCAGAGAAUUGGAGAAGUGAGAAAACACAUUGAGGAGUUGUUUAACCGCAUGAUAACAGAAGAAAUUGAAAUGAAAGAUAGGAUUGAAAAAAGCGUUCAAUAUUGCAGAAGGGAAAUAAAGACACUUUGCCACGAGUUAUCAAUAGAGGACUACAAGGUGGAAGAAGGUAUGACUAUUCUUCAGAUUGAGCGAGAUCUAAGAGUGAGAUACGAGUUUCUUAUAAAACAAAAGACUGACCGUCUUGAAGAACUGAAGCUCCUACAACAAAAAGACCAGGCAUUAUGUUCUGAUCUCUGUGUUACUCCAUAUUAUAUACCAUCAGGGUGCAUACCAAGUAAUAAACAGCUGGAAGAGCUCAAAGAGCACAUCCGGGCACAGACUGAAGAAAAGAAAAAACGCCUUGAGGUCUUUUCCUCACUUAGAGCAGAAAUCCGACAGUGUUUAGAUGAAAUGGGACAAAAACCUGAAAAUUCCCUAGAGCAGGAUGCCAUCUGUGAGGAUGACGAGGCUUUUUUCCUCACACCGGAGAAUAUUAGAGCUCUUACGGUAUUAAAAGAACAGCUAGACCUCAAAAAGGAGGCACUCUUAUCAACAUUGAACUCGCUUAAAGAAAAAGUAGGGGUUUUAUGGGAUCUGUUGCAAAUUAGCAAAGAAGAGAGAGAAGCGUGUCAGAAGAUUUCUGGAAACCCUAUUUAUGAGAAAAUUAAAGUGUGGGAAAAUGAGCUUGGACGAUUGGAGGAAAUGAAGAUGGCUAAUCUGAAGCAAGUAAUCUUAAAGAUAAGACAUGAGCUAAAGACGUACUGGGAUAAUUGUUUUUAUAGCGAAGAGCAAAGAGAGGCGUUUACACCAUACUACAGUGAUGACUUCACAGAAGAACUUUUAUCAAAGCAUGAUGAAGAAAUUGUGAGAAUGAAGUUGCAGUAUGAAAAAUGCAAGCCAAUUAUUGAUGCUAUUGCCAAGUGGGAAACCAGCUGGUCUCAGUUUAUAGUUCUGGAGAAAAAGGCAUCAGAUCCCAACAGAUUCUCAAACCGUGGAGGGAGUUUACUUAAAGAGGAAAAGGAACGUGUAAAACUUCAAAAAUUACUGUCUAAGCUAGAGGAAGAUCUGAAGGCUAGGAUAGAAUUCUGGGAAGAAGAACAAGGAUGUCCGUUUUUGUUUAAAGGAAUCAAGUUUAUGGAUUAUGUUGCAAGUCAGUGGGAGACGUUCAAACAGCAGAAGGAGCGAGAAAAACAAGAUCGAACCCAGAAAAAAGAAGACACUGUACCAUUUAAGACUCCAAUCAAACGACCAGCAGGAUCAUGUACACAGAAUACUCCAAGUAACAAGACCCGGAAGCUUAAUGGAACAACAAAUGCAACAAUCUCCCGCACAAAUGUAACCACCACCUUCGAAAAACAAACACCAGCAGGAAAACCACAGCUUGCAACAAUUAAGACACCGUUGAAAACUAAAGACACACCUGUAAGAACUCCUUUGCAUGACAGUAACAAACAAACAAUUCUACUAUCCAGCCAGCCUGCCAGCUAUUCAGAAUUUAAGGAAGAGAUCUCCAAGAAGUCUACCAUUAAGGAUGCCAUGUUUAACUCCACAAUAAAUGAGAAUGUGUAAUGUUUUUGAAUUGCUACACAAAAGAUUUUACAUGGACCCAAUAAAAUGUAG